CUUUUUUCCCUUCUCUUUUCUUUUGCCUUUUGUGUUUGUUUACAUAUAAAAAAUCUCAAAAAGAGAAUGAAGUCCAUCGUCAUCGAUAGUACUCUAGUUAAUAGUGAGAUAAUUACUAUUUGUUCCGACGAUCAUUAUUUCUUACUUUUUUUGUAUGCAAUGGCCAUCAUCGUGGCUGAACCUUUUUUUUUUCUCCCCUUUUUUCGAUGGUUUCCUGUUUGCGGCACGGCCAAGAUUCAUAGCCACGCUCCCAACUAGCAGAGGUAUUGGUAUUAAGCAAAUCAAUCCCCACUAUUUACUAAGUAGGUGAUUAGCUAAAUUAACUAA